AUAUAUAUAUAUAUAAGUGAAACAAUGCCACGUUCGUUCAUGGUAAAGCACGUGAAAAGGCGUUAUGUAAAGAGUAGACCAAAAGCUUCGACAUCAGAACUAUCUACGACAGAAAAAAAAUCAACCACAGAUUACAAAGAGAAACAAGAAAAUCUACAGGAAAACUAUCAUGGACUUACUUCAACCUCAACCCCAGCUGAGGAUAUGAAACGCAUGAAAACUUUUUAUGACCGAUACCAACCAUUAUUCGACAGAUCUGCACCGAUAAGAGAAGAUACUCUGAAUUCUGUUUAUUACAAUGGAUACAGGUAUCUGGAAAGAGAUCACAAACUUCUUAGAUACAACUGUGAUUGUUUUGAUUGCAAGCCUUGGCUGAAACCAUACUUUUCACGGAAUGACGAUUUGUUGGAUCAUCAAAACAUCUCACCAUCAAGUAAUGGGUCAUUCAGCGAAAAGAAGGAUCGUGAAUUGAAUGACAACGGUUCACCCCAAAGGGCAUUUCGAUGUAAAGAAUGCGGAAAGGGUUUUAAAAGAUCAUCGACGUUAAAUACACAUAUGCUGAUCCACAGUGACACGCGACCAUACCCUUGCAAUUUUUGUGGAAAAAGGUUUCAUCAGAAGUCUGACAUGAAAAAGCACACGUACAUACACACAGGAGAAAAACCGCACAAAUGUCUGGUAUGCGGUAAAGCCUUCAGCCAGUCUUCUAACUUAAUCACCCACACCAGGAAACAUACAGGAUUUAAACCAUUUACAUGUGAUAGAUGUGGACGAUCAUUCCAAAGAAAAGUUGACCUGAGACGUCAUCAUGAAACAACUCAUUAAAUGUUAUUAUACUGGAGGGAAAUAUAUGGGUUAAUUAUGGAAUUUGAUUGGUUGCCUUGACAGGGUAUAUGAGCCCAUAUACCAUGUGAACAAAAAUGAAGAUCAGAAUAGUAUAUAACUUUGAAAGCAGGACACUCCAGUAUAAUAUUAUUGUUAUUCGGUCUUCACAGGGGAUAUAGGCUCAUAUUCCCUGUCAGGCCCUAUAUCCUCUUCGCCUAUCGGCACAGGAGAUAUAAAACAAUAACAGGGAUUAUGAACCUACAUUCCAAAUAAAGACCCCGAAUAACAUACAAUGUAAAUCAUCUGAUUUCAGAUUUAUGGUACGUUAGUUAUCACGAGAUUUAAAAAUCGUAUUUACUCAGUCGUCUAAAUUCAAAUGUCUUAGUAUGAACAUCAUUAUUUCAUCAUGCAACCUUUUUGACUUAGUGAAAAAGUCGAUGUCUUUAGAAUUGUGCACCUUAAAUGGAAAGGAGUAUCAAAAUAUUCCGUUACUAAAUUUCUACAUUUUCAACAUUAGUGAUUUUUAAAGAACAGCGAUUAAACGUUCUCUUAUAUUAGUAACUCUGAAGAAAAUUACGCUACUGAUGUAUCAUAACAUUAACAUUGAGAUAUGAAAAAGUAAAAUAACAAAAAUACUGAACUCCAAGAAAAAAUCAAAAUGGAAAGUCCAUUGGCAAUAUCUAAUGUAACGAAUGUCAAGUCAUGCAUUACCACAACAUUAUGCAUUCGGCCAAUGCAUUCGUGUAAAUAAAAUCAAGUUAAGCCUCCGAUUUGGAACUUUCUAAUAAAGUGAAAAUUUAUUUCUUCUUCCAGGUAACCUGUAUAACGACUCAGGUGUAUUGUCGCAGGUUUUUUUUCUGCUUAGUCUAAUAUUUCUA